UCUACAUUGCGAGAAGGGUAUUUUUGAGGAAGCGAGAAAACGGGUCAGAAAAUGUGUGAAAAUGUGUGGUAGUUGUUCGUUAAUUUCGGGAUAAAACAGUCGUUUUAGUUUGCAGGUGUAGUUUGGGUGAACAUAAGCGCAGUUUCAGCUGUGGUCGGGCGUGCUGUGAAAGGAAAGGAGGCUGUUUAAAUCUUGACAGGAUGCAUCCCAAGGCUCUUCUGUUUGUUCUAGCAGCCUGUUAUCAAUCAGUCAUCUCUGUAAAUACAGGAAAUGGAACACAGAAGGACUUGCCACCACUACUACUUGUAUCAUUUGAUGGCUUCCGUGCAGACUAUCUGAACAACUAUGCUUUUCCCAAUCUGCAGAAAUUCUUCUCAGAUGGGGUUCUUGUUGAGCAUGUCACCAAUGUCUUUAUUACUAAAACUUUUCCUAAUCAUUACAGUCUUGCUACUGGACUAUAUGCAGAAAGCCAUGGUAUUCUGGCCAGUCACAUGUACGACCCAUUAACAAAGAAAGAUUUCACUCUUCACAAUGAUAGUGAUCCUUUCUGGUGGAACGAAGCAACGCCAAUUUGGGUGUCUGUGCAGGAAUCGGGUUAUAAGUCUGUUGCUGCUAUGUGGCCAGGAACAGACGUGAUGAUUCAAAACCGUACCCCAACACACUUCAUGAAGUAUAAUGGAAAGGUGAGCUUCAGGGAGAGACUGGGAAACGUCACAAAAUGGCUAAGUGAAGACGACUCUGUCAAGUUUGCAGCUCUUUACUGGGAGGAGCCUGACUAUACUGGACACACCUAUGGGCCAGACAACACCACAGAAAUGGCCAAGGCACUGAAAAAGGUGGAUAAUAAUGUAGGUUUGUUGAUGGAGCAGCUCAACAAGACAGGGCUCUGGGGAAAGAUUAAUGUGAUUAUUACGAGUGACCAUGGCAUGGUUCAGUGCUCCCAAGGUAGACUUAUUCAGUUGGACCAGUGUGUCAACCGCAGCAGCUACAUUGUGGUGGACCUCACUCCAGUGGCUGCCAUCAUCCCUCUCAUUGAACCAUCAGAUCUAUACAAAAAGCUUAGCAACUGCAAUAUUCACAUGAAGGCUUACAUGAAGGAUGCAAUACCUGACAGACUGCAUUACAAAAACAAUGAGAGGAUUCAGCCAAUCAUCUUGGUGGCUGAUGAAGGUUGGACGAUUGUCCAACAAGGUGGCCUCCCACGAUUGGGCGAUCAUGGCUAUGAUAACUCCCUCCACAGUAUGCACCCCUUUUUGGCAGCCCAUGGCCCUGCCUUUCGUAAAGGUUAUCGGAAGGAGAGCAUCAACUCCGUGGACCUCUACCCCCUCAUGUGUCACAUUUUGGGCAUCCCUGAGAAGCCAAACAACGGCAGCUUCGCACACACACGCUGCAUGCUGGUCAAUGAGAAAUGCACAGACCUGGCUGUAGUUGUGGGCAUCGUGAUCGGAGUUUUCAUAGUGCUCACUACCAUCACCUUCCUCUUCAGGCUGAUGAAGAACAGAGAGCCAUCAUCAUCACGACCAUUCGCUCGCUUGGAGCUGCAGGAGGAUGAUGAUGAUGACCCAUUGCUUGAUUGAGCUGCUAAGUGUUUUUGGAUAGAGGCAUGCAUUCUCUUGGAUGGAGGACAUUUAGCUUUGUUCAGGCACACAUGAGAUGCUUGCCAAAGAAAUGAAAACUCAGACAAUCACGUAUAUUUUAGGAAGAGAUGAAACAAAUGAUCACUCAUAGUGGAGGGCUCUACUUUUUUAGCUUUAUUUGUGAAAAACUGCUUCCAAUUCCUUACAUCUAUGCAUAGUAUAAGAUGGCCAGUUACUUCGGAAAUAAUUAUAAUAAUAUAAUAGUUAUAUAAUAUCCAGGCAAAACCAGUAAUAAUUUACAGCUUUUUUGUUUUUCUGGUGAAGAUACAUAAAGAGGGUAGUAAAGAUAUGUUAAGAUGCUUGUAAUGAUGCUGGUUUUUGUUUCUUUGUUUUGUUUUGUUUUUCUAUUAUAUUGUGUUGGCUGGCCAGUAUUUUCAGUGUAUAUACAGUAACAUGACAUGGAAUUAGGGUUGCAAAGUUUGGCGAAUUACUUGACGAUUAUCCGAGCAUCAUUAGUCAGUGAGUAAUUGCUAACUGGCAAGCCUAAAAUCAAAGACACAACUAAUCAGAAUAUCAAUUCCAGAAGUGAUCGUUCAGGUUCUGCAAUGUGAUUGAAUGAGCUGUGUUCGAAGCCAUUGUAAAAUACUUAAUAUGGCCACACUUAAGAGCACACACAUCAACUGAAUUCUGUAUUAAGUGUUCCUUGUAUGAACUGUGGAACAUGCUGAUGGGUGGGGUCAGGCGUAAGUGUGUAUAUGCAGUAAUGUUUAAACCCUUUUAAACAAACUGCACAUGAGAACUCAGUUAUGUUUAGACUGAGAGGCUGAUAAUUAUAUGUUCAUAAUUCUGUGACCCAAAACUAAAAUGUUGAAAAGAUGACAGGAAUAUAAAAUGAUGGGUUUCUGAUAGUUCUGUAUUCUAAAGUUAUAUUUGCUACUCAAAAUAACUCACUAGCUCAAGUUAAUGCAAACAUAAAUGCCAUAAGCAGGGCUAGCUUUGACUCAGUGCACCUCAGUAGCUCUCAAAAGCCAUCGCUGUUCACCAUGACCUUCUUUAUAAUUUUACACUUUCUCUCAGAGAACAUGAACAAAAUAGUUGUCUUUUUUUUUCGUUUGUGGAUGUUUGCUUUCAAUAUGGUACAUUGUGUGGUCUCGAAUACCACUUCAUUUUUCAGUAGAUGUAUCUAACGGAACUAAUAGCCUGUACCGCCCUCACGCAUACAAUUAACAUCUUGAAUGAGAAACCUGAAAAAUUCAAAUAGGAAUUGUUGUUUAUUGGAAACAUGAAAUAACUUUUUUUUUUUAAGCAACAACACUGGUUGAACAGUAUUUUUGUCGAUUAACAGUUAAUCGUUUUCAUCCCUACACAGAAUUUGAAAUUAAACCAAUGUUUUAUUAAGUCAGGUAAUCAACGAAUAAGUGUUUUAUGCCAUUAAUUUCAUAGGCCUCAGGCCAAUGUCAGAUGCACUAUAAUGAAUAUUUUGUUUUCACUGGAGACCUUUAUGAUUGGCAACCUAUCUGUUCUCCAAAAUCGCUUAUUUUAAGUGCACUGAGAGCACAGUGAUGUAUUCUGUGUUCUGUUAAAGGUUUUCUGUCUUUAGGUCAGUCAGUUGAAUGUACUGCAUAGACGUGAUGAUCUGCUCAUUAUGCUACAUGGUUGUAUACACUGUAUAUUUUAUUUACCUGUGUGUUAUGCUGUGUACUGUAGGUCAGACAUCCUUUCUGAAGAAUGCAGGGAAUGCAUUUUUCCUUCCACUUCCUUUGUGAAUCCUGCUAUUUAAUCGUGAGUCUUGAUAUUUAUGCUUACUUAGACACUGUUAAAGAAAUUCUAUUUUUCUAUUUCGGUGGUACAUAGUCAUUUUAAUCAUGGCAUACGAAUUGUUUUACAGGCCUCUUGUGGUUUUUUAUCUUCUAAUGUACAGAUUUAGCUUUUGCAAAAUGCUAACUUAGGGGUAAUAAGGAAUUUUAAUUUACGUUGUUUUGCUGUGUUGGUUUGUUGCGCCUUGUUGUUCAUGGUAGUGGUGGAGUGUUUAAGUAUCUGUUCAUGGUUUCUCCAGAAUGCAUUUCAAAUCAAGUCUUCCUGUAGUGGAGUAUUUUUUUUGCUAUUUGAGGUAAUAGGCAGAGUUUGCACUGUAAGUAUAAGAGAAUCUAUGCAAAAGAAUGAUUAUGUCAGACGUCUUCUGAAGUUGGGUACUGAUAUGUAUGUGUGGAAAAAUAAAAUCUUUGUUUAUUUGUAUAAAUAGUUGUUUUUUGUGUGAAAUUGGUUUUCUUGUUUUUAAGGCUACUUAUGGUUGGAAUGUCCUUAAAAGGACAUUACUUCAUGGUAUUUUUUUAACUCAACCACUAGAGGGCGCUUUCCAGUAUGUGUUUUUUAAAAUGACCUGUUUGAUUCUGUUCAAGUUUCAUGGAUUCAUCUUUUGAUAGAAAGACGACUGUUGCAGUUUUACUGUAUAACAUGUUGAAGGUGGGGUAAAGGGGUAAUGAGGUCAGCCAGAAUGUGGCCUAGCUUGUGUUGUUUUAUGGCUCCUUUUAAUAAAUUAACUUGAAGACUCCUUCAAGAAUGUCCCUGCUUAUUAAAUAAAAGGACCCACUGUGUAACA